AUGGCUACUGUGGAAGCCCUCAACCAUCUCAACAUCCCGGGCCUUCACAAGCGGCCUACGCUGGAUGACAUGAACAAGUCUGGAGACAUCUACAAUACGCUUCCUGACGACACAGACCCGCCUCAGGUGGCUGAUGUAUUUAUUACUGGGCUCAAGGGCCUCAUCAAAGAGUUCGGCGUCCAGAACAAGUUUGGUUUCCAUCUGAUCCAUGGACACGUGAAGAUGGCCAAGGGUAUGGUCAUGAUGGGCAAGCCCAUGAGCUGCCUCCCCGGCCUUUGGACCCGUCCAAUCCAGGCUGAUAAGCUGGACCUCGGGGCUUUGCACGGUUACGUUUUCGUGCUGGGCCCCGACGGGGGUUUCCACCCCUACGAUUAUCGCCAGGAGGCCCCUCCUUCGAUGACUGCCAAUGACGAUGCUUUCAUUGCCGCUGUACAGAAGUACCUCGAGCUCAACGGUCUGGCAGGCAUCAUUGGUAUCGAGCUGCUCAGCCAGGACACACUUGGCAAGUGGAUGAAGGAGUUUGUCCUCUCUGACAGCGACGGCACCAUCAUGUUGCCUGCUGACGCGGUUAACCCUACGGAGACGUAUCGGACCACGGGAUGGAAUGCCAUAGAGGGAAUCAUGGACGUCAAAGGCAAUGAGUCGGCUCACCAGAAGACCACUAAGGGAACCCACCAAGUCUUCGUUGAUGGGAAAGGAUUGCCGGACAUUGGCGAUGACUUUGACUCCGAGCACGUCAUCAUCGAAGCACUGCGUGAAGCUGGCAUAGUUAACUAA